AAAAUAUAACAAAGACGGAGUAAUAGAUACUCAGAGAGAGUCUCGAGAACUGAGCACACAAGCAACUACCUACUCUCUACUCCGCGCUCCCUCUCUCCACCAAUGCAAAACUCGCAUCCUGUUUGGUUUAGCUAAACUAGGGUUUUGUUCUCUCUUCUUUUACAUAAAAAAAAGAAGCCUCCUUCGAAGCAGAAGACAUUUUCUGCCAAAGAUUUCCUCUGAAGAACUGCAGGUGGUGUGGGCCAGGUGGGGUUUCAAGAAGAGGACUUUUAGUGAAGGAGAUAGAAGCCAUGAUGCAGACACCAAAAGCGAAAACCAUCUCUUUGGAAGUGCCUCGGAAGAAAUCUCCUGCAACACCUCGAACUCGGCAACUCAAGACACCUGGAGCAGAAACUGACUGUGUCUCUCCAAAUCCAGCAAGUAGGACCCCAAAAGACAGAAGCCCUAAAGUCACUGAAAGGAAAUCACCACGAAGUCCAGCAACUGAGAAGAAGCGCCCAAGCAAAAUAUCAGAAUUGGAAUCACAGCUUGCACAACUCCAGGAGGAUCUGAAGAAGGCAAAAGAGCAACUGAACACUUCAGAGUCAUGGAAGAGGCGUUCCCAGCAGGAAGCUGAAGAUACCAAGAAGCAGCUUUUAACCAUGUCAGUGAGACUCGAGGAAUCACAACAUCAAUUGAUGGAGCUUUCUAGUUCUGAAGAUGUCCGUGUUCAAGAGCUCCGUAAAAUCUCCCAUGAUCGUGAUAAAGCUUGGGAGUCUGAACUGGAGGCUGUACAGAAACAGCACUCUAUUGAUUAUUCAGCCUUGGCUUCUGCCAUGAAUGAAACCCAGAGGCUCAAAACUCAGCUGGAAAUGGUAGUGGAAUCUGAAGCUUCCCAAACAAAACAUGUGGAGUCAGUGCAUGCUGAAUUAAAGGGGUUGAGGCUGGAACUAACUGAAACUCUCUCCCUUGUUGAAAAAAUGAAAAUUGAGCUCAGUGAUACCAGGGAAUCUGAAGCUCAAGCCCUAGAACUUGCUAGUAAAACUCAAAAGCAAUUGGAAGAAGCAAAUGCAACUGCAGAUAUGCUGCAGGCUGAUGGCGUCAAAGCCAUGGAGGCUUACAGAUCCUUAUCAUUGGAGCUGGAACAAUCAAGAGCUCAAGAACAAUCUUUAGAGGAACUUGUGAGUAAAUUGCAAGCAGAUCUGGCAAAUGUCAGUGAGAAAACAGUCGAGAAUCCUACAGGGGAUGUUCAAGUUUCACAUGAAAGUGUAGAAAAUGAGGAAACAAAACAGCUCGAAGCAGAGAUGAACCUUUUGAAAAUUGAAGUAGGUCAGUUGAAAUCCUUACUAGAAGCAACCGAGACACGGUGCCAGGAAGAAUAUAUUCAAAGCACAUUGCAGAUUAGAAGUGCUUAUGAGCAAGUUGAAUGUACAAAGUUGGAAUCAGGCCAAAGAGAGGCUAAAUUGGAAACAGAAUUGAAGAAAGCCAAAAAUAAUAUUGAAGAGUUGAGGGCUAACCUGAUGGAUAAGGAAACUGAAUUGCAGGGCAUUUCUGAGGAGAAUGAGGGACUGAUGUUGAAGAUUAAGAAAAAUCAGCCAAGUGAGAGAGAAGCUGAACUUGCAAUGGGGAUGAAGAAUUUAGAGCAUGAUCUGGCAGAGUUGAAGGCAAGUUUGUUGGAUAAGGAAGCGCAGUUGCAGAGAGUAGCUGAGGAAAAUGAAACACUCAGGACAGAAAUCAAGAAAGGGGAAAUAGAGCAAAGUAAAGUUAAUGAUGAAGCUGUUGCAAUGGCAGAAACUGCAAGGGCUUCAGAACAUGAAGCUCUAAUGAAACUUGGUUAUCUGACAGAGGAAGCAGAUAAAAGUAGCAGAAGAGCAGCACGGAUGACUGAGCAACUGGAUGCAGCCCAGACAGCGAACACAGAAAUGGAGGCUGAAUUGAGGAGGUUAAAGGUGCAGGCAGACCAGUGGAGGAAGGCCGCUGAGGCAGCUGCUGCUAUGCUUUCAACUGGGAACAAUGGUAAAUUUGUAGAGAGAACAGGUUCACUUGACAGCAACUAUAAUCCUAUUGCUGGAAAUAUGGGUUCACCUUGCUCUGAAGAUAUGGAUGAUUCGCCAAGGAAGAAAAACAGGAACAUGCUGAAGAAAAUUGGGGUCUUGUGGAAGAAGGGUCAGAAGUAGCCAGGCUUUACUGGCAGGUUACAACGCAUUUUAUGGUUGUUUCAUCAGUUCGAAUACUUUCUCUCAUCUCUUAAUGUUCUUGUUCAUAUAAAUUGCAGGUGCUGGUUGGUAGCAGCCAAGUUUAGUAUGAUGGAUAAAUUUGUUUCAAAGACUAGGCUCUUUUGAAGACUGCUGUAUAGUUUCGUGGAAACUGGUGAAUUUCAGGGGUUCCAUUUUGUUUCAUCUGAUGGUCGCAGUGGCUUUUGAUUUUCCACUAGAUAUCAUCUAGUUCACUGCACGAAGCAGUUGAUCUUUGCUAGUACGGCAUCAGCAUGAAUUAUGUAUUGAUUUGGAAUCUGAAAAAAAAAAACAGGGACACGCAUGUAUUGUAUUAUCGGAGAUACUCCAAGUUUACUUCGGCUGAUGAUUAUGUGUUUCUUGUACAA